AGUCCCGCACUGCACUACACUGCACCCCGCCUCCGCUGACGUCGACGCGCACGCCGCAUCCGCCGCCUUCCUCCCUCCUCAUCCGAUCUCUUCCUUGCAAGCCCCAAGGGCAGUCUCAUCUCAUCUCAUAAAAGCUGAGCUGUUAGCGCCAUCGCCACCAUCACAUCUUUUUCCUCCGCCUAUUUGUACUACGCCACUGUUGUGAUCCUGCGCCCUGGACCUGGGGGACAGAGAGACGGAGGGACGUCGGCUGCAUCCUGCCGCCGCAGCGUGUGUAAACUGCGACGCCGAGAGUAUGGAGGUUGUACGGGUUCAAGAAAAAAGAAAACCGUCAUGGUUGCUGGGCAAAUUAUUCCUGCUUCGGGAUCUUAUCUCCGUCUGGAAACCAUUAUCUUUGCUUUUUUGUUGUCGUCUUUUCUGAUCCAUAGAUAUGCUUAAAAAGGAACCUUUUGUUGCGCUUAUCUCCGUUGAGUAUCUAGUGUGCUCCAAAGUCCAAACUCAUAAUUGCUUUGGAACCUAAAAGUGGUUCAUUAUCCUACCUUGUCGUUGUCUUUCAAUUAUUUCUAGAGAAAUAAGUACUUGACUAAUGACUAGGAUCAGAUUAAAGAUUAGGACAGUCUUAGCAGAGUUUUUCAUUAUCAAGGCUAUCACGUCAAAAAAAACCUGUCUAUCUUCGUAAAUAAGGCGUUAAGUCUGUUGAAGUGUCACCCAUUUUUUUCAAGAGAUUUCCAUUUUUUCCAAGGAAAGCAGUUCAUUUAUCUUUAAGAAAACGAGAAUCACUUAGUAAAUAUAGUUGACAAACUAGUUUGUGAGCCAGAAAACCAGAGGGAAUUAGAGGGCAAAAUGAUAAUCCCUUAGUAAAUAUAGUUGCCAAACUAGUUAGGAGCUAGAAAAUCAGAGGGUCUUAAAAAAUUUAUUUAAAAUUGAAUAAGAAAAGAUUUUAGUCUCUCUAAUCCUCUCCGGAUUUAUGUCACCCAAACUAGUCUUAAAUGAGAAUAAAAACUCUUUUGAAACCCUCACCGAGAAUGUUCUAUUUUUUCUCUCCCUACAUGUUGUUUGUGUGGUCAACCCUACUCCAUUGGCCCUCUCUUCCUCUCCGACGAAAACAAGGAGUUAAUCCUUUCGCUGUCCAGUUGCCCAACGUCGUUGUCCGAAUUCCGAAAUCAAAUCACGGGGACAUGUAUAGCUAGCUGAUUGGAUCAAGGAUUCGAGUGCCCAUACCUUUCAUCUGCUUUCAUCUCGAGGUAAAUAUUUGUAGCUAGUGUGUUCACCCUGUGGAUCCUAAUCGUUUCGAUCAAGGACGCACCCUAACCUUGCCACCUUGGUUCCGUCUAAGGAACGGUAACACCAAACGACAACAAGACGCGGUUAAAAAAAAUUACCAUUGGCCUUAACGCCCGUCUCCCCAUUUAGCCUGGAGCAGUAGUUGUCAAUUGUCAUGUGCGUUGCUGUCUGCUCGUCUGGAGCAACAGCAAUGUACUAUCUUGGAUGCUUGAUCAGGGCCCUCUGAACUGUGGAUAGGCUGCUGAACAACAUCUGACUGACACCCCACACGCACACGCACACGCGCACUCACUCGCUCUGUGCCCAUACGUCUUUGCACAUGAUCCUUUGUUUUGCUGCUGCUUUGUUUUGCUUGCCUCGGACAGUUUCGAUCGUAUGUCUUGAUUGUGCCGCGAACAAGCUGUCGAGACGGAGUGCCAGAGACCAGCUCCCCUGGAAGUGCAUGAACUAGUCAGCUACAAGUUUAGUACAUGGAGCAGACGCGCACGGGUGGUGCCGGGGAGCAGCCCAGGGGGGCUCCCGGCGAGGAAGCGGCGAAGAGGAUCAUCGUUGGCGGAGACGCGCCGGCGUCGGGGACGUCUGGCUCUGGCUGCUUCGACUGCAACAUCUGCCUCGAGUGCGCCACGGAGCCGGUGGUCACGCUCUGCGGCCACCUCUACUGCUGGCCCUGCAUCUACGAGUGGCUACGCCACGACGUCGCCGAAGCCGGCGCCAGGAGCUCGGCGAGGCGGCAGUGCCCCGUGUGCAAGGCCGCGGUGUCCCCGGACGCUCUCGUGCCGCUCUACGGCCGCGGCGGGAGCUCCAGCGCCAAGAAGCCGCUGGCCAGCAUCCCGCGCCCGCGCCGGCCGGCCCUGCGACAGAGCACGCAUGACAGCGGCAGCGGAGGCCACCACCACCACCAUCGGCACGCAGAGACCAGCACGCCAGCCCGGUCGCUGCGGCACCCAGCCCACGCCCACGCCGCGCAGUUCGACGCCCUCCUCUCCGCGCCGUUUGGGGACCGCGGGAUGCUGCACUCGACGACGUCGACGACCGGCGGGAUGCUCGGAGGGAUGGCGGUGGCCGUCCUCCCGUUGGUGCUCCGCGGGCAGGCGCGGGUGCCGGGCAUGUACUACCCGAGCCCGUAUCAUCUGAUGAGCCCCAGGCAGAGACGGUGGCAUGUGGAGGUAGAGAGAUCCCUGCAUCAGAUAUGGUUCUUCCUCUGCGUGUUCGUGGUGCUUUGCUUGCUCUUGUUCUGAUUUCCGAAGCAGGACACCAUCCUGCGCCUGCGGGCCACGAGACGUGCUCUGUACAUAGCAAAGGGUGAGAUAUGGAUAUGGUGCUGGUGCGGCAGUGACCUAUAUUUGGUGAUUGCAUGACGGGGCGUUCAAGAUGUUAAAUUGAGAAGCAGCUGAGUUGUGGUUCUAGAAAGGAGAAAUCGGUUUCGAAACUGCAAAGGACCCUUGAGAAGAUUAUCAGAAGCCAUCGUCCACAUGUUCAUGCGCAGACAGUAACACAUAAGCUACUGGUAAUAUAGAGCGUCAGAAAAAAAAUGCUUCAGUAUCUAAAUGUCACGCUACCAUUUUGAGCGCUUUGAUGACCUGUGCAGCUGUGCUCCCUCCAUCUCGGUGGUCACCAGCAAUGCAGCAUUUAACUCUAAAAGUCUGCAAUGUGUGCGAAAAAGGAAUGCCACUCGUGGCAGCUUACAUAGCUCCCUUUGCCAAAAGAACAACAGCACCUUGAUUCAAAACGUCACUUAAGAUUGUGUUAAGAUCUAUGAUCAUCUUCUGUCAACUCCGCUGAUUUUGCAGCUGAUUAAUCCGGCUGAGGAAUGAGGAUGUUGCCGGAGCGCGUCUCAAAAUCACGAAUCUGGAUGAGAGCACUUCACGACAGGACCUGCUACCACCGACGUGAGUGUGAUUUGCCAUUGAUAUACAGCCUGAUCAGUUGCAACUCCACUUAGUACUAUGAUGACGAGUAACAGAGCGUCUGUGAAAGGGAGCACGGCCGGCUACAACAGCAGCUGAAGUAGCGCAUAAGUCACAAGUUACACUCCACUGCAACUGAUCAUUCGAGCUUUGCUUCUUUUUUUUUUUGUAACGGCAACAGUCGUUGAUGACUAACAUAACGAACAAUACAUGAUUAUUAUA